UGAGUGCCGGGCCAGAGGGCAGCCGGCAGGGGUGGCCGAGCUGGGACAUGCUGCAGGUGGGGCUCAGCCUGCCCCGCUCCCCCGGGGCCGCGGCCGCGGGCGCGGGCGAGGACUCGGGCACCGGGCGAGAGGUGCUCGGCUCGUCCCCAGUGACCAUCGUGGUCACGUCCGAGGCUGACACGUGGGACAUCGACACCUCCUCCUGCCUGGGCUGUGGGCAGUUCGUGGACUGGGACAAGAUGCCGGAGCUGCAGCAGCCGGCGCAGAUCCCGCGGGACGUGCUGGGCAGGCCCCCGAAGGAGCUGAAGAGGCUGGCCAGGGAAGGCUGCUGGGCCGGGAGCCACGCGGGCCGGGCCCGGCUCUACCCCCGGCUCAUCCAGCAGGUCUCCUGCCGCCUCGUCACCCCCGACGCGCCGGUGUACAGGGACGUGGCCGCCCGGCUCUUUGGGAAGCCCGGCGAGAGCUCCCACCCCCUACCCGAGUUCCUGGAGGGCUGCCCGGUGCCCACCUACUGCCUCAACCCGCAUGGGGUCGCAGCCCUGAAGAAGAUCCUCAUCUGUGUGGGCGCCCUGUUCCCCGACAUCACCCACAGCCCCCUGCUGCCGGCCCUGGCCGCGCUGCUGCUGCACUACAGCCAGGACGAGGCCCAGUGCUUUGAGAGCGUCUCGCGCCUCCUGGCCAGCAACGCUCCCCACGCCGGCUACAUCGACCAGUCCUUCCUGGCCCACCAGGCCUCCUGCAUGACCUUUGGGGACCUGGCCAACAAGCACUGCCCGGCGGCUCACAGGCUGAUCGCCGGCACCGCCGACAACGUCCUCGAGGUCUACUCGGAGUGGCUGUGGUGGCUCUUCCCCGGGCUGCCCUUCGCCUACGCCGUGCGCGUGCUGGACGUGUUCCUGCUGGAGGGCCAGAAGGUGCUGUACCGCAUCGCCCUGGCACUGCUCAAGCAGUUCAGGCUCUCGGUGGCCCCGGCCGGGCUGCAGGGCGCCGACAUCAAGGCAGAGCUGCGGGCUUUCGUGGGGAACAUCGCCGAGCACGUGACUGUGGACAAACUCCUGGAGAGAGCCUUUGGCAUCCGGCUCUUCUCCCGCAAGGAAAUCUGGCUUCUGCAGAUGGCCAACAGGAAGGCCUUGGUGGAGAGGGGCAUCACCGUGGUGCAGAGAAGGCCGUCCUUCCACCUGGCUGUGGACAUGCAGAACUUCAGCUCUAGCACUGUCACGGCGCAGGAGAUGCGCCUCAUCUGGUCCUGGAUCCCCGAGCGCUUCUCGCUCUUCCCCCCCCUGCUGCUCUUCUCCACCUCCGAGGACGGCUGCAGCCUGCAGAGGUUCUACACGUGCUGUGAAGGCUACGAACCCACAGUGCUGCUGAUCAAAACCACCGAGGGCGAGGUGUGUGGGGCGUUUCUCUCCUCUGACUGGAGCGAAAGGAAGAAGAGCGGAGCCACAUCGGGCUUUUUUGGGACAGGGGAGUGCUUUGUGUUCACCGUGCGCCCCGAGGCAGAGAGGUACGAGUGGGUGUUCAUCAAGAAGCCGGAGCUGGCCAAGGCCGUGCCGCGCUCCCGGCAGCGCUCGCCUUCCCCCGCUCCCGAGUCCGCGCUGGGCUCGUCCCGGGACAGCCGCAGCCCCAGCCCCAACCACCUGGCCGUGCCCUCGCCGCAGAGGAGAGGCCGCCUGUCCCCGUUCCUGGCCGUCAGGCACUUCCUGCUGCCCUCCAAAACUGCCUCCAUGUUCAUGUCCGGCUCCCGGGACGGGAUCGUGAUCGGCGGAGGCGGAGGCCAAGCCCUGUCCCUGGACGCCAGCCUGCUCUGGGGACACACGGAGCACUGCGAGACCUUCGACAACCCCCCGCUCUGCCAGGAGAACUUCCAGGUGCAGCUCUUGGAAGUGUGGGGCUUUCAAAGCGCGUAGUUCCCGUGGGGACACCUCUCGUGUGCCACCCACGGGCACGGGGACCCCUCCCCGCGCUGGCCACCCCCGGCCGGGCUGUGGCCACCUGUGCGGCGGCUCCGCUCUCCACCGUCCCCCGCGGUCAGAUCGGCUCGGAUCGGAUCAGAUCGGCCCUCGCAGGGCUGUGCAGAGGCCAAGGCAGUGCCAGCACCGAGACUGCGGGCGCUGCCCUUGGGGACAUUCGAGGUGCCCUCCCGCAGUUAGACCCGGCCCAGUCUGGCCCAGUCUGUCCCAGUCUGUUCCAGUUUGGGGUGCUGGAGGGGAGGGCAGCCAGUCUGGAGUUUCUCACACCUCCCUGGCCUGGCUGCAGCGUGGGGCUCGGCAAACCAGUGACAGCACGGGCAGAUUUGGUGGGAAUUCUGAGCUCAGGCAAAGCACAACACCGAGCUCCAGAGUUCAGCAGAAACACUCUCAGAUCUGCUUCCCCCUGGCCCUGAGGCCAGCACAGCCCUUCAAGCCAUCCACGGAGUUCUGCAGCCUCCGCGGAUAUCCAGGAGUGCCUGAGACCUCCCAGCACCAGGACAGACUCCUCUUGUCCCUGGCUGGAAGUGCUGGCAGUGCUGGCAAAGCCCUGCCUGCAGUUCGUGGGCUGCCUAAGCUCUGCCAAGCUUUUGCCAUGCUGAAAGGGACCCUGAAAAAGAUCCUUUCUUUUUGCCCCUUAUUCCAUUGCUGAAUAAAGAUCAAAACUCUUGGAGAAUUAAAAAAAAAAUCCAGCACAAA